UAAAAAAAAAAAAAAACACUUCAAAAAUUCAAGAUUGGCUUAAUUUUAAUUUUUAAGUAUUUUAUUGAAUCGAUUAAACAUAGUUUUCAAAUACCUACUUAGUUUUAAGUAAUGUGUGUCAUAUUCAUUAGUAGUGUACAACAUAUAAAUAAUGGGUAUCGUUUGAUUAUUGCUUCUAACCGUGACGAAUAUUAUAAUCGUCCAACGUUGCCAGCAAACUAUUGGCUAGAAGAUCAAAACAUCAUUGGAGGACGCGAUUUAAUGUCAUCAAAUGAGGGUGGAGCUUGGCUGGCUUUAAACAUCCGUGGUAAGUUAGCUGCUUUAUUAAAUGUGUUUGAAUUAGAUAAAAGACAAAAUCCUAAAUCUAGAGGCUAUUUGGUUAAGAACUUUGUAAAAGGCAAUAGUUCAACCCUAGAAUAUUUGCAAGAAUUGCAAGGAUCACAAGAUGUGUAUAAUGGAUUUAAACUAAUCACUAUUGACAUAAGCAAGAAAUCUUUAGAAACACAUUACUUUACCAAUUUUGUACAAGAUGAAGGACCCGCCUUGAAACACAUACAAAAUGGUGUACAAGGAUUUGGAAAUGGACCUUUUUUAAAAGUGACUGAGGGAGAGAAACUUUUCAAUGACAUUGUUAAGAAAUAUGGACAUAGUAAUCAUAAGGAUACACUAAUCAAAGAACUGCUAGGAUUUUUGAAAUGGAAUAAAUUACAUUAUCCUGAUGAAGAGUUAAUUAAAAGAACUCCAAAAUUUCCUGGAACAGAUGACCAGAAAAAAUUUAGUUCCAUUUUUGUAGAAAUGCCAUCUCGUCAGUAUGGAACUCGAACACACACAAUAAUAUUAAUAGAUCAUGAUGGAAAAGUAGAAUAUAACGAAUGGACCAAGUCUGGUUUAAUUUGGAAUCAUCAGUGUUAUACGACCAUACUAAAAUCUGAAGUAUAGAAUAUGCAGUGGCAGCUUGUGACUUGGACGACGAGACAAUUGCAACCCCUACUAAAAUUAAUAAAAAGAAGAAAAUUAAUUAUAUAUUUCUAUAUUUAUAAAACUGAAAUUUUUUAGUAAUAUAAUUUAUAAUUUACAAUAGUUAUAAUACAUAUUGUUGUGUUUAAACAUUAAAUUUGUUUCCCUCAGAUAUACAUGCACACGUGAGUUGUGUUUGGAUGACCGGUAGCGUUUUCCAAGCUUUUCUGAAUAUGUAUAUUUUAAGUGAAGGCGCUUUAUGAAUUAUGUGCGUGCUGGUAAGUUAAAACUG